AUGAGUUUGAAAAUUCUUACUUCGAAUGUUAGAGGCCUCAAUUCCAGUGACAGAAGAAGUGUUGUGAAAAAAAUGCUCAAUCUCAUUAAAGCUCCUAUUCAAUCUUUUGGGAGUUCCAGUGGUAUAAAAUUAUGGGAUAAGGAUUUUGUGGAAGUUACAGACUCUCUUGUGGGAGAUUAUACCCUCUCCAUCUCUUGUAUCAACAAAGCUGACAAUUUUGAAUGGGUUCUAACAAAUGUUUAUGGACCUAACAAUCCCACUGAAAGAGAUGAUUUCUGGAUGGAACUCUAUAAUGCUUCAAUAUCAUGGGACCUGCCAUGGUGUCUUGGAGGUGACUUCAAUGUCAUUCUCAAGUGUGAUGAAAAGAAAGGCUGCAACAAAAUCACUAAGAGCAUGAGGGAUUUUGCUGAUUUCAUCUACACACAUGAUCUCAUUGAUCUUCCCAUGAAAUGUGCUAGAUACACUUGGUCCAAUGGACAAUCUAAUCCUGUCAUGUCUAGAAUAGACAGAUUCCUACUCUCCCCUUCUUUUGAAGAUCAUUUUCCUUUCGCCUCUCAACUUGCUAAAGCCAGACCCACCUCAGAUCAUAUUCCUAUUCUCCUAGACAUUUCAGAUCCUUCUUGGGGUCCUACUCCUUUUAGGUUUGAAGUUAUGUGGUUCUUAGAGAAUGGUUUUCUUACUUUAUUAGAGGAAUGGUGGCAAUCUUUCUAUUUUGCAGGUACAGCUAGCACAAUACUAUGGCUAAAGUUGAAAGAUCUAAAAGAGAAAUUGAAGAUAUGGAACAAGGAGGUGUUUGGUAUUCCAAAUUCAAAGAUAAAUUUAAUUCUUGAGGAAAUCCAAGGCAUUGAUGGUUAUGCAUAA